AUGGCCUACGCGCCUCAGGCCGACGAGCCGGAGCUGAUCGUGGCCCCCGCCGUGCCCCUCGGACACGUUCAGCGCCGCCUCCUCGACGCGGGCCGCAUCCUCGUGACCGGUGGCUGGCUUGUCCUCAUCAACUACACCAUCAGCAACCGCGACGGGAACGCCGCGCACGCGCUCGUCGGCCUCGCGCUUCUGCUACUCGGCGUCUUCCUCAUCGAGCUGUCACUGGUGGCCGACCAGUUCCCGGGAGCAGCAAGGGUUGGCGCCGCCGUGGCCGAUGUUCUACUUCUUGGCGCCGGCGAACUAGCUCCUGGGAGGCUGGGACGACAGGUCUGUAUAUCGCUGCAUGCGGUGACGCACGCUGCGCACCUUGUGGUGCGCCGUUGUAGCAAUAAAAUUAUUAUUAAGCGCCUUUAG